AUGAAGCUCCUCCUCUCCAUUCUCAGUCUGUAUGUGGCCUUCAGCACGGCUGACUACCUGGCCGCCCGAUCGCUGGACAAUGGCAACAACAUCGAGCUCGGAGAUCUCCAGAGCCUUGACGAGCUGUACGCCGUUCUCGGCCCCGGGUACAUGGAGAACUCUGUCUACGAAGACGUGACCGAGUAUGAAACCCUGGCUACGAUCGUCGAGGACCUGGGCGUUCCAACGACACCGGUGGCGGGCAGGGGUCUCGCCACCCGUCAAAACGAAGACGUGUGCUCCGAUCUGACGGGCAUCACGCGCAUGGUUUGCGACAAUGUGCCCUCCCGCUGGUGGUUCUGGGGAGCCGGGGGUGUUUUGCUCAUUUGGUACUCCCCCGAGGGUAUAAGGUCGUGGCUGGUGUCCAUCUCCGAAGCGAUCAAAGCAGGAAGAGACCUCCGUAACACCUGGCGAGACGGUACUGAACUCAAACGCGCCGAGGACGCUGUCGACUACCACUUUUCUCUUCCCUACAUCCUCAACGAGAAUGCCGAGCCCGAUGCGACCCCCCAAUUAAAGGCGGCCUCUCUCGGUGAAGGCGAGGAAACCGAGAGUCUUCACGACUAUGUAUUCAGCGAACGUGAAAACACCAUCUAUUACAAGGCAACCAGAACCUUCUUCACAGCACCCAACAUCGACACGACGCUGGAAUCAUCCCUAGAUUUUUCCAACUUGACGACCGAAGAAGCUGUCGAGAAGCGUCAGACAGACUCCUGCACGAUCAACCUUCAUAUCGUGCGGCGCACGACCGCGACGACAACCGCGAACCCCGGGUGCCUUGCAAAUAUGCUCAAGUUCCACAUCGACAGGAGCAGCGAGACCAACCGCUUCGCCUGCCGGCCUAUCGACAACAAGGGUUCGUGGCACGCCACCUUUUGGCUUAUGAUCAACAAGGGCUACAGGAACACCGGAACCUACGGCUGGUGCUGUUGAGCGCCUAAUACCGGCGACCCUCAUCCCUGUGUGGAACAUCUGAUUCGUCAUGAUAAUCAGAGGACGAGUGCAGAGCAGGGCCCCUUAAAUUCCAUGUUAAUGAGGGUCCGCUCGCUAUCAGUUGCGCGGCGUGCCACUUAUUGUUCUGACACAUUCUCUAUUACGCCCCUCGGCAUUCUCUAGGUAAAUCUAGCCAAACUAAUGAGGCAAUGUAUUUACCUCGUGACUACUGCAGAGGCUGAGCUGGAACCAUACGGCUCGCAAUAUCCUUGACAACAUAUAUCUGCCCGUAUAGAUCAACAGUAUCCAUGAAUGUACGCAAGACAGCCAUCCUUCGCUCC